AUGGCAGAGGAAAAAGAAUCUUGUAAAAGCGAUGAUCUCAAUGAUCUUGGCUCCAAAAUGGAAAAAGUUUUCGGCAGAUUCGAUGAUUUUUAUAACUGUAUAUCUGCUCAAGGACCUUCCGUCAAGAAGCAUGGAGUCACAGCGUAUGAGUUGCCUGCUACUCCAGUAGUACCUCGUAAAGCUGAAUUAGCUCUAGCUGAGGAUUUAACCGAAUCUUCAGUUCAGCAAGCUACUAGGGAAUGCUUACAAAAAAUGCAAGAACUUGUACCCAAUCCUCCUUUACAAAUCAUAUCGAGGCUUUGCAAGCCUUCUGUGCCUGUGGAUUCUUUGAAUCAUACACAAGGUCCUUCUUCUAGUAAUAGUGAUUUCAAAUCUAAAAAGAGAAAGGAUCGCUCAGCAGAGGGUGAAAUAGAUACUGAAGUAGAAAAGAAAAGACGAAGAGAUAGAGAUCGUGAUCAUGCUGAUGAGGAAAUACGCCCGAGCACCAGCAAUUCCAAUAAUCAAAAUUCCAUGAGGGAACUUUUUGGCGACGAUAACGAAGAAAUAGAGAAAGCUACUGUGAGCCCCGAUAGUGGCGUCCAUUCGACCGAAAAUGAUGUCGGUGAUGAUGGCGACAUAUAUAGCGCUCAAACAAUUCUGAAUAUUAUUACUAGAUUAUCUCCGCCAUUGUCACCAUUACCCGACCGGCCUUUAUCAAGGAGGAAAAUAGAGGAGGAAAAUGACUGUGAAGAAAAGUCUAAAACCAAGUCGAGUUCUGAGCAAGACACCUCUACUGUAAAACUCCCGUCAAUAUCGUUGGAUAAUAAUGAUUUGGACAAAAAGAAGAAAGAGGCUAAAGAUAAGUCUGAGAAAAAUGAGAAAUCUGAAAAGGUCGACCGUGUUGAGAAGCUUGAAAAGAAGGAGAAACGGGAUAAGCUGAAAAGGGAGAGAGAUUCAAAGGAUAAGCUUUCUAAGGAAGCUCCAGAAAAGAAACGUGAUAAGGUUGAAAAGAAGGAAACCUCUCGUUUACUUGACAGGGGCAAAGAAAAAGAGAAAGAUCGCUCUGAUAGGCCUGAACGUACUGAUCGCUCUGACAGGCCUGAACGUACUGAUCGCCCUGACCGACCGGAUAAGAGUGAGAAGCCUGAGAAAUCCGAGAAGACAGAAAAGCCUGAAAAAUCUGAGAAGUCUGAACGCCCCGAUCGAUCAGACCGUCCUGAUCGCCCUGAUCGUGCUGACCGUGCUGACCGCCCUGACCGUCCCGAUCGCCCUGAGCGUGUCGACCGUCCUGAACGUCCUGAACGUCCUGAACGUGCCGACCGUUCUGAACGCCCUGAUCGUCCUGAGCGCCCUGACCGACCCGACCGCCCUGACCGCCCUGAGAAAAGUCAAGCGCGUACUCAUGACAAGAAUGAACGUGUGGAACGUCCCGAGAAAGUGGAACGUACAGAAAAGCCUGACAGAGCCGAGAGGGUUGAAAGAACCGAAAAGCCCGAAAGAGUGGAGAAGCCUGAAAGGUCAGAGAAGCCCGACCGUUCUGAGAAAUCGGAUCGCCCUGAGAAGCCUGAUCGUUCGGAAAAGCUGGAUCGAUUGGACAAAACCGAUAAAGUCGAGAAGAUGGAACGCUUUGAAAAAGCAGAUCGACCCGAAAAAUCAGAUCGCUCGGAGAAAGACAGAAUUGGAUCGCAAGUUCCUAAGUCUAAAUUGGAGAAGAAACCGAAAGAAGAAGAGAGUAGAUCUGAUCCCAAGAUUAUUGUAAAUGCUCCGUCUCCGGUUAUUAAUGGCGUCGAUAAUCGUCUUAAAGGAGAAAUAAAUCUGUUUGGGCUCUCUCCGGACCAAAUGACAAAGCUGGCUGAUCUCGGAAAGAAGUAUGGAACUGUUGAAGAAGGUUCAUCUCCUGUUCCGCCAGUAGCUGAAUCUAAUGAAAGACGUCGAAAACAUAAAGAUAGGAGAGACGAGAAAGAUGAUCCUGAAAGGAAAAGAGAGAGAAAGGAAGUUCGAAGUGAUAAGGUUGCUGAUCGCCCAAGGGAACGAGAUAUCAAAUCUGAAGCAAGUAGAUCAAUUGGCCAAUCCACACCAUCCCCAAGACCCGGCAGUUCACAGUCAGUGAUUAAAGAGUUCCGUUGUGCGUGUAAUGAAUGUAUGCCCACCAAGUCCACCAAAUAUGAAAAACACCCCAGUGAUGUAAAACCUUCCGAGUUUUAUCAGAACUUGGCGAGAGAUAGAAAGAGAAAAGCCGAUCAUGAAAAUGAUCGUGUUCUUCGUAUCCUUCUCUAUCUUGAAUCAACAGUCUACUUUGGGAUCUCAGCUCAGCAUAUGGAAACGGAAGAAUCUUCUCAGAGGCAUGUGUCUGUUCUCCGCGAUACGUCUGAACUUCUUAAAGUCGCGUCUCAUAAUUUUGCCACUAAAGAAACCCUCUCUCCCUUAGAGAAGCAUUUCGUUUCUCGUGUAAAAAAUUUAAGUUUAAGAGCCCAGUCGGUGCUCUCCUAUAACUUGUAUCGUAUCAAAACAAACCAGGUGUUAAAAUCUUUCUAUGCUUUGGAAAAAAUGGAAGCCGAAGUUCGUUACAUUCCCAAAAUGCCCGAUUUAUCAAACCCAGAAACUUAUUUAAAUGAGUCUCCUUCUUCGACCUCAGCCGCGAAUGCAGAAGGCGUCCUAAUACCAAUCAACCAUUAUAAUUGCCUGAGAGCCCAAUUCAAAACUUUCCAGUACAUUAUGUUCGCUCAUAAGUUCUGGGAAGAUGCAGCAACCAUGACCACCAAAAACACAACUGAUAUCAAUUUCGUGAAUAGCCUGGAAUCUGUUUGUGGCCAUUACUGCAUGGAGACCUCCAUGGACAAAUAUGGCAUCUUUCUAUUAACGGCUGUAAUGUGGUUGAGGAAUGAGUAUGACUUAGAGAAAAAGAGACCCCCACCGGCUGCUGAUCGAAGAACUUAG